GAAACACUUCGGAAUACAUAUAUCUGGAAACCGCUGUUAACACCAGUGUAUUUUUUUUUCAUCUAGUUUUACAAAGUAGUGUUAUACCUCUGAAAUGUGUACCUCUGUGCGGCACAGUGGUAUUUGUCCUGGUACAGUAUCGCUCUAAUAUGAAUUGUAUAUUGCAGAAUAAUAUACCAAUUCAGCCGUUUAAGUGAAUUUAGAUAACGCCCCCCCCCCAAAAAAAAAAAAAUAUAUAUAGUAUUUAUUAUAUAUAUAAUUUUUGUUGCACUUUUUCUAGGAACUAACAAAUUAUAAAUCCAAGUGGCCACAGUAAACGCUUUUAACACUUUGGUGCAAACUAUUCGCCUCAUUUACACAAAAGCAUCUGAUAAAUAACAUACUGGCCAGAAGCGUUUCUUCCCCUAUCCCACAAUGCAACUGGAAACAAACAGCGGCAGUUACGUGAAUGACGGCGGGACGAAAGAAAAUGUCGAGGACGCUUUUACUCGUCGUCCGUGGAAAUUUCUUCUUAUUUUUUUUUAUGUCAAAGGCAGUCUGCCGGAAUGAAGCAUAAGAAGCUGCAAUCCCCCAAACCUGGAUGCAAGAGAAAGAAAGUCCCCAGUGAUGUGACCCCAUCCACAAGCCUCCCUCCUCUUGUGGAGGGUCAGCUCCGAUGUUUCCUCAGGGUUACUGUAAGUCGUGUCCUUUGGAUCUCAAAGCCCCCCGUGGCAGCUGUAUUCAGGCUGCGAUGGUGGGGUGAGUCAUCCAAUGGAACCCACUUUUACCCACGUGAUGGAUCUCGGUUGGAGCAGAAGAAGACCACAGCCCGCUUUGCCAUCCGCUGUGGAGCGAAGCAGUUCACCUCCUACUUGACAGAUAUGGGUACUUUGGUCCUAGAAGCAUUGUCGAAGAUGGAUCAUUUGCCAGUAGCUCGGGUUCAGAUUCCUGGCAUUGCCCGGCUUUCCCUGCAUCAUUCAAUUAGUGGGCUUUACACAUUAGUUUCUCCUACUACUGAAAAACUGGGAGAGUUACAGGUUUCUCUAGCUCUAGAGCCUCUGGUAGAAGCUUAUGGCAGCAGCGGCAGCUCAGUACCUACCAUAGGCAUGAGUGCUGAUGUGCCAGUUCCGGCUUUGGGCUUGAUACCAAAGCCUGGGUCUCAUUCAGGCCAAGGAGUGGCGCUGCCUUUAUCCCAUCACCUGUCAGUUGGCAGCUUUAAUGAGGCGAGAAGUGCCAGUUCAGUCAACACUCCCAGAGGCAAGGACCACAUGUACUUCCAAGAAAAAACCUGUAGCCAAAAGGGGGUUCAGUUUUCUGAAACCAAAGCAGAAGUUUUGGGCAGUUUAAGGCCCAUGUCAAGCAGGUCUCCUCGUCGUGAGGAGACAGCAGUCCAGAAAUCUCUUCACAGGCCGGACACAAGUCAUGAGAACUCCACAGACAUCCUUUCAGUUCUUCUGGAGCGUGGUAACAGGCUUAGAGAUGCCAUGGUGGUGUCAUCCCUGAAGUCUGACUUGGAUUCUAAGUUUGUUCUGAAGGAUAUUCCACUUCUUGUGCCAAAGGACAAUGUUGGCACCCUGCCUGCGUUGCCAUCCUUGGCCGCCUCAGGGAAGUUGCUACUGGAUGCCCCACACUGUGACCCCAGCUUCUCAUGUACUCAGAGGGACCUGCUGUUCCCUGAGAACCCCAGUUAUGACCGGGCCCCUGACACAGAGAAUCGGGCUAUUGAACUCCUCCUGGGCAGCUCAAGUGUUUCAGCAUUUCCAGUCUGGGAUGGAGAGGGCUCUCCCCCAGAAAUCUUUUCUGGGGCCAGCAGUGUGUCUGCAGACAGUGACUUGGGUGACCCUCAGUAUGACCAGAGUCUUUUGGAGAACCUAUUCUACAAAGCCCCCAAAUUGGACAGCAGUCAAAGUGAGGAGGAAGGUAUAUUCUUGAGGAAAAAACAACAGAAGAAAGGAAAGGAGCCAAUGACAGAGAAGCUGAGAAAACCUGCCGGCAAGACAUGUAGCGGACACAACCUAUAUUUUGAAAAAAUAGCUAUUCUUAACAACCUGGAAAAAGAAGAGACUACAGAGGCUGAGAGUAUACCCAGCCUGAGCGUGGAGCAGAUCACAUUCCUGAGUGAGGUAGAAACGGCCAGAUUGGUCAUCCACACUCUAAAGGUCCCUAAGAAGGCUGGCCUGUCAGGGUCCCUGAAGACCCCCAGCCAAGGGAAGUCACUUCGGCCUUUUCCUAACAAGAGGUGCACAUAUUUUGUGGAGUAUCUCUUCCCUGUGGCUUCCACCAAACACAGUAGCAGUACACCAAGUACAAAACUAACCAGAGUUGCUUCUUCUAAAGUUGCAGAAGGGGUUAUAAAUUUCCAGCGUCAGUGUGUCUUCCCAGUCCAGUUUGACAGUUCAGUAAUUAAGCAGUGGUGGAACACAGACUUGAAAUUUACCAUCUACUCAAGGAAAGAUUCUGAGAAGAAGCCACUGCCCGUGGGCAAAGCUUUCCUCCCACUGCGCUCCGUGCUCCUGUUGGACGUCCAGCCAAGCAAAGGCACAGCCCUGCCGGUACUAGGACUGGAGGAUGGAGAAGGUGGAAGACAGGCAGAGCCAGACCUGGGGCCUCUCAAGGUAUCACUUGAACUAGAGGUAUCUAAACAAAGGCCAUCCAAAGAACCUUUACAGCCCCUAAGCAGCCCUGAUAGAAAGUCGGCUCUGUUGCCCAAAGGGCACUCAGAGACCCAGCUACAGCAUGCUACUUUGGGCCAAAAUAGUCAGCCUGUGGCUUCCAGUGUUCAAGGGGGAAUGAAGAUAACCCCGGUGUUGGGGACCCAAAGAGAAGUUCACUGUCCACCCUCAUACAGCCCUCCCAUCGGCCAGCUGCACAGCCAAGCUCAGCAGAGUUCUGCGGAUGGCCCUGGCCUCCUGCUGCACAUCCUGCUCAUGGUGCCGGAUGGAAAGGAUCUCAGCUGUGUCUUCGGGAGGCUCCCCAAUGUCUACCUCAACUGUAAGCUUUUUGCAUCCGAAGAGGCCACGAGGUCAGCGGUGAGCUGGGGACAGACUCAUCCGACAUUCAACUUUAUUCAGGUGGCCCCAGUUUGUCUGACCUCCAAGCUGCUGGAGAGAUUGAAAAACAACAUGAUGGUGAUUGAGGUAUGGCAGAAAAGAGGAGGCUCAGAGCAGGAUCGGCCCCUCGGAUUAGUCAAACUGCCUCUGCAUCAGUUCUAUAUGUCCUUCAGAGACCCAAAGAUCUCCCAACUCCUCCUACAGGCACAGUACCCCGUAGUGGGGGUAGACAGCUACAUGCCUGUGCUGGAUAUUUCCUCAGGCAGUUGCCAUGGUCACCUGCGGGUCCUUCUGGCAAUGGGACUGGCAGAGCAAAUAGCCACAUUGCAGCGAAUAAAGGAUACUGAGCUCUACUCAGUAUCCCACCCCAUAAGGCCACCCCACCUACUGGAUCCAACUCCACAGCCAGAAUCAAAGGUGAAAGUGAGUAACUCACAUGAUAUGAUGGAGCAUGUGUUUGAGGUCAGGGUCCAGCGAGUGAAAGGGCUGAUGCCUCUGCAGGCCACUGUGUGGGGGGAGGCCGACUGUUACGUGCAGUACUGCUUUCCUGCUCAGAGAGAGGACGCCGUUUGGGAUAUGGAUCUGAGUUUUCCUGAGAGUGGAAUGUGUCUGAGAAUGUUCCGAACUGCCACCACGCUCUUCAUUCCUGAUCCUGUGUUCGAUCACACUGAGAGUCACGUGCUGGUCGCCCCCUCAGCCAUCCCAGUUCAGAGGCUGCUGCUCGGCUCAUUUUGCAGCCAGGGCCCAGAAGCUAGAGGGGGGAUGCAAUUUGAGGUGUGGUGCAGAUAUUACUACCCAAAUGUCAGGGAGCAGCUGGUGGCUAAAUGCUUGCUGCCUCUGGCCAAACUGUGCGCCAUGGUGACCAUGCAGAGAGAGGAGCAGUCAGACACCCAGGUCUUCUCCCUCCCUCUCGUUCCAAGGACUGAGAACCUCGCUGGCCAUCAGCCUCAGCCUUCAGGGCUGAUGGAUGUAUGUGUGCAUUACAUGCAUCGACCAAUGAGAGCAGUGGGUGCCAAGGGCGGGGCCGUGGCCCCCCGGGUGGUGAUGCUGGCGGUUCAGGUUCAAAGAGCGGCAGGACUGCAGGCAGCAGCACAGGCCGUUGCAAAGAUGGAUGACACUUUCCAGUAUUAUGCUGACACAGGUGUGAACUCAUACGUUACCAUGGACAUCUCCUUCCUGCCUGAGAGAGAGAGGCGGAGCACGCGUGUGGUAGCUCAGUCGUUCUGCCCUGAAUUUGAGCAUCACUCCGAGUUCCCAUGCAACUUAGUGGUCCACAAGCCACAUGGGGGCACUUGCAGUCUAGCUGAGCUGCUGGAUGGGGCGACUGCUGUCUUUACCCUGCGCCAUCGGCAUAGUCGCAGGAUGCUAGAAGGCCCAGCUGCCAGGGACACUGUACUGGGGAUCGUGACAGUCCAUUUGGCGGAUCUGGUACGCAAAAGGACAGGAAUUUGUGGCUGGUUCAGUCUCUCCCUGCCCCAGGAUUCAGAGAAACUGCAGGCCCACCGCAGUGCAGUCGGGGGGCUGGAGAUAUUAAUCAACUUUGCACAUCAUUCAGACAGAGAGCGGGUAAUCAAGGCUGCCCGUGGUCUGGGCUGGGAGCUGGAUAUGGAGGGGGUGCAGGAAGAUGACGAUGAAGAUGACCUAAGAGAAGGCGAGGUGUGGCAGGAAAGGGCACCAAUUUUGUCUGUGGCAAUUUCCGUGCCCAAGUUGUGGCUGCCCCUUCACUGCCUUCAGCUGCCUGGUCACCAGAGUCCGAAGAGGUCUACUUACUGCUACGUCCGUUACAAACUGUACGAAGGCAAAGCUGUCUGCUCCUCACUGCAGCAUCCUUCCCUGGAGGAGGAGCCCAGGGGGAGCACUGUGGCCACUGCAGCGUUUGGGAGUGGCAGGCCAGUGGAGCUCAGGGUCACCCCUGCUUUGCGCUGGUACCUGCAGGAAGAGAGGCUGGAGCUGCAGGUGUGGGUGGCAUUUAGCAAGCAUAAGAAGCCCCGCCCCCAUGGCACAGACCGGCUGAUUGGCUCAGCCUAUGUGGAGCUCUCUUCACUGGCCAGGAGUGGACAGAAAAAUCGAACCAUCACAGGUGUUUAUCCCCUUUUCAGACGCUCGUCCGCCAACCUGUCAGGCGCUGCACUCAGGGUACACAUCAGCACAAUGUCCUCUGGCCAGGGCGCCUCACACCCUCAGGAGCCAGACUCUGUGGUCGAAACUGGAGAUGAAAGCAGUAACCAAGGGGAAGGGAGUGAAGAGGAAGAGCACCAUAAUUUACCAGCCACACCGCACACGCCUAGACACCAGGAGAAGCCUGAAGUGACCUCUGAAGUUCCUCCUGAGGCCUUAGCAGACACUGUGAACACCUUCACUGCAAGCAUCACUGUGGAGAGAGCCAUGCAUCUAAGUCUUAAAGGCUGCCCCCUAGCGGACAACACUGGUGUGACUCCCAGUUGCUGUGUAUCGUAUUCCACCGCUGAUGCCACAAGCCUCGUUACCACGCCUGUUGUGGAGAGCAGUAACUGUCCUGUGUGGGACCACCGGCACGAGUGCAGACUUCUAAAGCAGAUUUUGGUGGAUCCACAGCAGACACUUGUUUUCAAAAUUUGGCACAAAGGAGAUUUGGAGAGGGUGAUUGGGUUUGCUUCCAUAGACCUCUCACCUCUCCUGGCGGGCUUCCAGUCCGUGUGUGGAUGGUACAACAUCACAGACUUCAGUGGCCAGUGCCAGGGACAGCUGAAGGUAUCCAUCUCACCCCUGGAGAAUGUUCAGGAUCUACGGGGUCAGAGGCAGUUGGCUAAAGAGGAUACCCUGAAAGACUCGGCUGCCCUGUCUGAGGUGUCGCCAUUAUACUGCACCUCAGCCAUUUACAACGCCUUCCCCACACACAUCAGUCGCUACUCUGAGCAGAGGAUCAGUACAUCCACAGAGCAGCUAGAGGAAAUAUUCUCUGGAAGGUCCAGCUAUGACAACCGCCAUAAAGAGCAUAUCACAAACAUCCGUAUGUUUCAUGAAAGCCUCAGAGCAGGUGAGGGAGUCACACAUGACGCUGGUUCUGAAGACUGUCAUCCCUCAAGUUCUCUUCUCUUCUCAGCACUCAGGAAAAAUCUGAGUGAGCUGGAUGAUAUGCAGAGGUACUUCAGCCACAAAGUCUGCGCGCCCACUUUCCAGAGCCAGUCAGAGCCAGACUACCAGCCCCAAAUGCAGAGGUGCAGGGACUCUGAGGGAGAACCAGACCACCUCCUACUUAAGUCAAGCCGACUCAUUGGAAAGGUUAACAGCCUAAUAACCAAUCUACAUGGAAGUUGUCCACAGGGAUCCCACAGCAUUCCUAGAGAUCCCAUCCUAACUGAAAAUCAGUCUCUCCCCGAAGCAGAAUCUGAAACUACCCAGGCACUGCCACUCUUGGAUGCACCUGAGCACAUUGAAGAUGAAACCUCCACUUCCCCAUCUCCUCUUCUGGAGAGUGAUGGACCUGAUGAUGCCCCUUUGACUGUAGAGAAAGUCCAUAGUAAUGGUGAGGAAGAUGAUCAGGCCAGUGUAAGUGAAGAGGUAGAAGAAGAAGAAUAUGAAGAGACUGUAAUUGAACCCAGACAACUAAAUGAAAUCAGCUCGCUGACGGACAAAACUAGUCCCUGGACAAGCCUUUUAUCUGAUCCAGAUCUCUCUUCCAUAAGUAGUCUGGAACUGCCAGAGGAGCAGUCUGGAAAAGACCCGCCACAAGCAGUGCUCAGUGUGGCCCACCAAGAGAAUGCCCUAGAGUCCAGCAUCCAACAGGGUGGUCGUGAAGAAGAGCUGUCAGCCGUCAAGACCCUUCAGCUAGAUCAGCCUUCAGAAAGUGAGGAAACUCAUAGCAAAUAUAUGGUGGACAGAAGUGAAGAAUUUGAGAAGACCUCAGUGUUGCACAUCUCAAAACAUCUUAUGCACAUGACUGAUGGCUGUCAACCAGAAACCCAACUCCCUGAACCUGGUAAAAUCCCAAAUUUUUUCCUUACAGCUGAACAAAUGGAGACCUCCAUGAGAGCAUUAUGCUUAGCCCCUGUAUUUCCAUCAUCUGACUCUAACACAGCAGAAACGACAGCUCGACCAGGAAUAUCCUCCCGAAGGGCUCCACGACCAAGACCCAAUAUAUCAUCUUUGAAGAAAGAGGAAACAAAAAGAAUUGCAAAGAUUUUUGCUUCUAAGUUUUCUGACUUGAAAUAACUUUAGUUUGUUUUCCACACCAGAAAAUAUAUUUAGUGACUGAAACCCCCCCUGCCGCCUCUGUACAGUUUGGCUAGUACAUCUAAGCAUCCGAGUAUGGUGUGUCCGAGUAUGGUGUGUAACUGUAAAUGGGCUGAAUUUAGUGUAAAGAUUGUGGAUAUCUAGAUUUUUAUUUUGAAGUUGUACAUUUUUAUAAAUAAAUAAAUUUGUGUGAUUUAUUUUUCA